UCUCCUCCCGUCUGCCUGCAGUGCAACGGCCCGGGCGGAACCAACGGGCAGCCGCGGGGGCGUCGUGGGCCGCGGCGCGUUUCCGCGGCUCCAAGGCUCUGGGGCACUGAGGAGCGGCGCCCGCGGGGCAGCGAGGAGCCCGAUGCCGGGUUCUGCGCGCCAUUUCCGGUCCCGCGGGCGCCCCGUGAAGCCCACCUGGAUCCGCCGGCCCUGUGCCACUCCCCAGUGCCGAGCUCCGAGCUGUCUCCGCGGCCUCGCGCCCGGCCCCUCCACCGCGCGCCUCUCAGGCCCCGCCCGCCAGCGUCCCUUUGUUGGGAAGGCGCCGGGGCCUAGACGGGGGCGCCGGAGCUCGGGGCCUAGCGCUAUGCCUGCGGCGGAGACUGCAUCAGGCUGUCGCGUCUGCUUCUACGCUUUGCCUGGGAGAGGCCCUGGUGGCCUCAUUCCUGGCGCCCGGAGUCCCUGCUGCGGCCCCACCCCCGGGCAGUCACGGUGACCCAUACUGCCCAGCCUGGAGGUAAAAUCGUUCGUGGCUGUGGCUUCAGCAUGUCGUCCUCGGUGAAAACCCCGGCACUGGAAGAGCUCGUUCCUGGCUCCGAAGAGAAGCCGAAAGGCAGGUCGCCUCUCAGCUGGGGCUCUCUGUUUGGUCACCGAAGUGAGAAGAUUGUUUUUGCCAAGAGCGAUGGCGGCGCAGAUGAGAACGUACUGACCGUCACCAUCACGGAGACCACGGUCAUCGAGUCAGACUUGGGUGUGUGGAGCUCGCGGGUGCUGCUCUACCUCACGCUGUGGUUCUUCUUCAGCUUCUGCACGCUCUUCCUCAACAAGUACAUCCUGUCCCUGCUGGGAGGCGAGCCCAGCAUGCUAGGUGCGGUGCAGAUGCUGUCCACCACGGUUAUCGGGUGUGUGAAAACCCUCGUUCCUUGCUGUUUAUAUCAGCACAAGGCCCGGCUUUCCUACCCACCCAACUUCCUUAUGACGAUGCUGUUUGUGGGUCUGAUGAGGUUUGCAACUGUGGUUUUGGGUUUGGUCAGCCUGAAAAAUGUGGCGGUUUCGUUUGCUGAGACGGUGAAGAGCUCCGCCCCCAUCUUCACGGUGAUCAUGUCUCGGAUGAUUCUGGGGGAGUACACAGGUGAGGCCCCCGGGCCCCGCCCCUCCACCUGCGCCCCACCAUCCCAGGCCUCCAUCCGUGGUGCCCGUCUCUGCUGCCUGCCAUGGGGCUCUGCCGCGAGGAGCACUCAGAGUGGUGCCCACACUGGCAGUGCCUUCACUUCUCUCCUGAAACGUUUUCCCCACGGUCACAUGUGCGGGGGUGUCUUGGAGCCUGGCGUCUGCCAGGUGUUCUCACACUGGCAUGCGGAGGUCAGAGCAGGGUUGUGUCUCGUGACCCUAACUGGGUGGGGAGACAGGUGGGGGCUGGGCAGAUUCCUGGCAAGCAAGAUUACUGCAGGUGCCAAUCACUGAUCCGAAGAGGACGGGCGGGGGCCGCCUUCGGCCAGCACCACACAGGCGGCCGUGGCUCCUGGUCCGUGGGCCGUCCUGUGCCAGCACCCCACAGCCUCCCCAGCACCCGCCACCACAGGCCUGUCCUGGGCCCCAGCCCCUGACCUCAGCUGCAACCCAGGCUCCUGCCUCUCCCACCUCUUAAUGACUCACAGGCGAUUUCCAGCGACAUGUCGGCCCCACGUCGCAUACCCAGCGUGGCUGCAUGAAAACCAGCGAGGAGCAGAGGCGCCCACAGAGCGCGGCGUCUUGAGCGGAGUGUGGGGGGUGCACACGUGUUCGCUUAUUUAAGAAACGACAAGAUCUUAAGGCCGAGGGAAGUGUCUGUCUGCCUUUGGGGACGGGAGGAGGCCGAGGGUCCAGGGUGGGGUCGGGCUUGCCCCACAUGCACUUGAGACCCGCACACACAUUUAGGUGAUUAUAACAAAAUCAAAGCCGAAAAGUCAACUCUGGUUUUUUUUUGUUUUAUGUUUUUGAGACAGGGUCUUGCUCUGUCGCCCAAGCUGCAGUUCAGUGGCCAGGUCACGACUCACUGCAACCUCGGCCUCCCAGGCUUAGGCAAUCCUCCCACCUCAGCCUGUUGGGUAGCUGGGACCUCAGGCAUGUGCCACCAUGCCCAGCUAAUUUUUGUAUUUUGUGUGUCUUUUUGUUUUUUCACUGUGAAUAUACGUUAGUCAUUUUUGUUAACAAUUGAAACUUGGAACUCUGGGGAUUCAGAAUUAACAGCCUUGGCUGUGAGCUUCUUAUCGAUACCAGAAAAAGUUUGGACCUUGCA